AUGCCUUCUACUGUCAUGGGCGACGGCACAGAUUAUCCCAGUCCAAGAAGUGAAGGACCCAGUGGACCUAGUGCUAUUCUAAUUGCUGCGCCAGAAUCGCUUUCACCCCCUACCAAAAUGACAGACUCUCUCACAAAUCUCACAAAUCUUGAUGGAACGCGCCCGCGUUUGUCGGUGCGACGUUCUCGCGACCCGCCAAAGAAUGAAAGCAACCAGAUUUAUUGCGAUCAUGCCGACUGUCAGGCUAAUCCGCCGACCUUCAGACGACCUUGUGAAUGGAAUAAACACAUGGAUAAACACGACCGACCUUAUAAAUGCAUGGAACCCGGUUGCGACAAGAUUCAAGGCUUUACAUACUCCGGCGGUCUUUUGCGACAUCAGCGCGAAGUGCACAAGAAGAAUUCCACCACGAAGAAACCCUUAAUGUGCCCAUACGCUGAUUGCAACCGCAGCACUGGCAACGGGUUUACGCGGCAAGAGAACUUGAAAGAGCAUCUCCGCCGUCGACACAUGCACUCGGAGAAUGGAAACUCGCCAGAAUUAUCGGUGCUCACCGUGGCAGACGUCGAAGGUCUCAAGUCGAGCUUUUUAGAUCCUAGUCCGGGGCUAAAGCGUAAACACGAUGGCACUGAGACGGUACUUGAUGAUGUUGUGGAUGACGGGGACAAUGUAGAUCUCCAUAAUGAGCUGAAGCGCUUGCGACGCGAGGUUGAAGAGAAGGAUCGACGCCUUGAAGAGCUUGAGAAAAUUGUUGCCGGGCUGCAGCAGUCGAUUCCCCAUCAUGGCAUACCUGUGGUUGCUACCGGCGAGGUAUAA